AUCUGUAAUCUUCCCAUUUGUUAUCUUCUCAUUACCUCUUUCCACGCUUCGUAUGUAUAUAAAGCUCCCGUGACUCUUUCCUCACCUCUCCCUCUCGCUCUCGCCUUGAAUCCCUGCUGAAGAACGAAGAAGGAGAAGAAGGAGAAAAGAAAAUGAGCGAAGAGGAGGCUGUGUAUGUUGGUUCCAUUGAUCAAGGAACAACAAGCACACGAUUCAUAAUUUACGAUAAGCAUGCCCACCCUGUUGGAUCUCACCAGGUCGAGUUCACGCAGUUCUACCCAGAAGCAGGAUGGGUGGAGCACGAUCCGGUGGAGAUUCUGGAGAGCGUGAGGGUGUGUAUUGCGAAGGCUCUUGACAAGGCCACCGCGGAUGGGCACAACGUUGACAGUGGAUUGAGAGCUAUUGGCUUGACAAAUCAGAGGGAAACUACUCUUCUUUGGAGUAAAUCUACAGGGAUGCCCCUCUACAAUGCCAUUGUUUGGAUGGAUGCUCGAACCAGUGCCAUCUGCCGGAAGCUAGAGGAAGAACUGCCAGGAGGACGAACCCAUUUUGUGGAGACAUGUGGUUUGCCUAUAAGCACUUAUUUCAGUGCCGUGAAGCUGCUAUGGUUGUUGGAGAAUGUGGAUGCUGUUAGACAAGCUGUGAAUACAGGGGACGCUCUGUUUGGAACUGUGGACGCCUGGUUAAUAUGGAAUUUAACUGGAGGCGUGGGUGGGGGCUUACACGUCACCGAUGUUUCGAAUGCAUCACGGACAAUGCUUAUGAACAUCAAAACCCUUGAUUGGGAUAAGCCCACACUAGAAACCCUUGGAAUCCCUGCUGACAUUCUUCCCAAAAUUGUAAGCAAUUCUGAGGUUAUAGGGACAAUUGCAAAAGGGUGGCUAAUUCCAGGAGUCCCGAUCUCUGGAUGCUUGGGGGACCAGCAUGCGGCAAUGCUGGGGCAAGGUUGCCACAAAGGUGAGGCCAAAAGCACUUAUGGAACUGGGGCUUUUAUACUUAUCAACACUGGUGAAGAGGUUAUUCAGUCGAAGCAUGGCCUUUUAGGAACUUUAGCUUUUAAGCUUGGUCCAGAUGCUCCAACAAACUAUGCUCUAGAAGGCUCAAUUGCCAUUGCAGGAGCUGCAGUUCAGUGGCUUAGAGACAGUCUUGGCAUAAUUAGUAGUGCACGAGAAAUUGAGGAAUUGGCAUCUUCAGUUGACUCUACUGGUGGGGUUUAUUUUGUGCCUGCAUUCAAUGGAUUGUUUGCUCCAUGGUGGCGUGACGAUGCACGUGGAGUGUGUAUUGGGAUCACGAGGUUUACAAACAAGGCUCACAUUGCUCGAGCUGUGCUGGAGAGCAUGUGCUUUCAGGUGAAUGAUGUUUUGGAUUCAAUGCACAAGGACACUGGAGAGAAUGGGGAGGUAAAGAAUGAGGAUGGGGAGUUCCUGCUGCGAGUCGAUGGUGGUGCUACUGUUAACAAUCUUUUGAUGCAAACUCAGGCAGAUUUGCUGGGAUGCCCAGUGGUGAGACCCGCUGACAUCGAGACAACAGCACUUGGAGCAGCAUAUGCUGCUGGAUUAGCCGUUGGGGUUUGGACAGAAGAAGAGAUUUUUGCCACCAAGGCUGAGAAAUCGACUGUUUUUUGCCCCCGCAUAGACAAAGAACAGAGAAAGAAGAAGUUGGAGUGCUGGUACAAGGCUGUUUCCAGGACUUUUGACUUGGCUGAUCUUUCUCUUUAAUUCUUUUUCCUUGCCCAUCUUUCUUCUCUUUCGGCCUUUUAGCUUCAAUAUUAGCUGCUAAUAACAAAACUAGUGGUUAAUUGCUGGUGUAUAUUUUUGUGCCUGAUGCACAUCAUUCCUUUAUUCUAAAAGAAUUAUUUAUCUUUUGGUAAACGCUGAUCUUCAACUCUUGUUACCAGAGUGUUCGAAUAAUGAAAUCUAGCAUGUAAAUUGAUUCA